GGGCUCCACUCGGACGCUCCAGUAUGAUGCACAAGCAGAAACGAUGUUGGACGGAACGCGGCGGGUCGUGCCUUUAAUCCUCAUCGUCUCGAUCCUCCACCGUGCGUGCGGCGACAACGCGAUCAGGGCGAGCGAGAAGCGUCACGGCGGCGCGAACGAUUAUCAGAUGUGCCUCGAGAGCUUCGACAUCCACAAGGACAAGAUCAUCCGGACCCAGGACUCCCGCGACAUGGGCGCCAAGUACUUGAACGUGUUGGACGUCGACUCCAGACUGGAUUGCCUGAAAUAUUGCUGCGAGACUGAACGCUGCGACGUGUUCAUCUUCGAGGAGAAGAAACCGAGCAGCUGUUAUCUUUUCCAGUGUGGCCCGCUGCACGAUUUCAAGUGCAAGUUUACGAGGCACGCCAAUUAUACCAGUGCGGUGCGCACCAGUUAUCCUAUACAGAAUGUACAAGUGGAAGAGGAAGUGAGGAUAUCUCAGCAGGAGCACGAGUUAAAAUCUCUCAGAAAAAGUAACGAGAUCACGUCGGAUUACGGAUUCACGGAAACUCCUGUCAAAUCUGUAGUCACGCAAAUAGCAAAAGUGAUACUAACUACGUCAGCGCCAGUAAAACCAGCUUGCUCCAGAAAUCAGUACGAGUGUCGUACAUCCGGAGAUUGCAUAGCCAUUUAUAACGUUUGCGACGGUAUCCCGCAAUGUGCGGACGGCUCUGACGAAGCAGCAGAUCUCGUAUGUCCCACGGAGAAACCGACGGUUCCUCCAAUAAUACAGGCGCCACGUCCGCCCGCCGAUAUCCUCCGGUAUCAGCAAGUGAUCGAUCAGCGUAAGCCUCUUCCCCCGUUCUAUCCCAGGCCGGAGAUCAAUCCUAAAGCUUGGGAUAUAUCGAAUCUGGCCCAUCAAAUAUCACAGCCGCAAAAUAUGAUAUAUCCCGACCAACCGGUAGAGGUGCCGCAAAUGCAUACGAAUUACGGAUCAUCGGGAUACCACCCGCCUGAAUGGAAUUAUCCGCCUCUAUAUGAGCCAAAUAAGGAUCCCUAUGUCCCUGCUAAUACUAUUCGUGAACAACAUAUGAAUCCUUAUGAACAGCAACCACAUAUAUUUAAUCACAAAGGUUCGAGCGUCAUAGGAAACAAUGAAGCGGAUAGGGGACCGUACAUGGAUUCCAAACACCCAUAUUCUCCACAUUUUCCAUCGUCAAACAAAGCAGUUUGGCAAGAAAAUCCCGUGCAAUUUUCACCAUCUGUUGCACCGAACUCUCAACAUAAGCAGGCCAAUGAUGUGGGAAAUCUUGCAAUAAUUACGACGACGCCCGCUUGUGAUGUAAGUACGUCUUGUGAUACUUCGGAGGAACAUAAAAAUGAAUUAACAAAUGAGAAUAAGGAACCUGUACAGAAGGAAGAAAAAGUCAAUAAAUAUGUGACAACACAUGUAAAGACAAGCAAACAAAUCACUGAAAAACCAACUUUAUCAGCAAGUGAGAUUGUUGUUAAACAUAAUCAUGUAAAAGAAGUGAAAGAUCAUAAAACUGUGAUUGUAAUCGAAGAGCGCGCAAAGGCACAUGAGAGAACUGACGUUAUUGCGGAACAUCUUCAAAUAAUCGAAAAUGACGUUUUAAAGCCCAAAGGUGCCGUAGUGUCGUUAUCAUUGGGACUUAUCGCGACCGCGAUCACGGCUGCUUUAAUUGUUUGCCGAUUGCGAGUAGUAAAACGGCGUGGACGAUGCGGGCAUGGACCUUUUGCGCACGAUGCCGAUUAUUUAGUUAACGGAAUGUAUUUAUAAGUAAAUACGAAUUGCUUAUAUAAAUUUAGCCGCAAUCUAGUCAUUUUAAUGUAUUUAUCAUAUUUUCGUAUCAGGUUAUAUUUCCAUGAUUACGAUCUCUUUAAACGAAUUUUGUGUCAUUCUCUAAAGCUGAAACUUUGUUAGCUAUGCUUAUUCGCUUUACAUAAAAUUGCAAGUGUUUUUGUGAUUAUUGAUAGCAUUUUGAUAUAAAAAUGCAAAAAGCAAGAAAUUUAUGAAUUAAUGUUAUAUUAUUACUGAUUUUUCUCUAUACACAUUAUAUUUAUUCUUAUUAUUUUAAAUAUCUUUUGCGAUAAAACCUUGCAAAAGUGUUUUGAAUUGUAAUAUAGUUAAUUAUGAACAAAAUUUCAAUUGAUACAUAUGAUAGAGUUAGAUAAAGGUAUGUAUAUACAUUAUUAUUACAUGAAAAAUCUUUUAUGCCUUAUCUUACUCAGAAAUAUUAACUAGAAAAUGAAACAUUUAUCUUAAUAUAAAUAUUAUUUUAUAAAUUUAUGCAAU